CCAAGUCCAACACGCCUUUUUUAAUCAACAAAAUCCUCGUGAGCCUUUUCGUUUUUGACUCUCUUCUUCCUUCUCUCAUGGCUUCGGAGCAGUACGGUGCCGUUUUUGAGGAAUAUCAGGACGACGACGAGGAACCCUCUUCCUCUGGAAACGACGACGUCCUCAACGACAACGACGAAGAGGACGAAGAGUUGUUAGAGGAAGAAGAGGAUUUUAAUUCUCCCUCUUUACUACCUCAGCCGAUUGCCGCCGUCGUUUCCACUGAUUCAAUCCCCGCCGUUCCUCUUCUUGCCUUGCCUUCCUCCAACGUCGUAACCGUCGCUGCUUUUCCAAUCGGCGAAUUGAAUCCCGAUUCCAAACGCCAACGGACUGAUUCCGUGGUAUCUGAGAAAAAACCUCCUCUGCAACCUUUCGAUGAAUCACGACGGUUGUUUCAACGUUUAUGGACUGACGAAGACGAGAUCGAGCUUCUCAAAGGAUUUCUCGAUUACACGUCCUCGAGAACCAACCCAAAUUCUUCUUCUCACCACCAUCAUCAUGAUACUGCGUUGUUUUACGAUCUAAUCAAAUCGAAGCUUCAGCUGGAUUGCAACAAGAACCAACUAGUUGAGAAACUUCGAAGAUUGAAGAAGAAAUAUAGGAACGUGAUGAACAAGAUCAAUUCAGGUAAAGAUAUUUCCUUCAAAAGCCCUCAUGAUCAAGCUACUUUUGAAAUUUCUCGAAAGAUCUGGAGUGAUACUGUUGGCAAAGUAGAAGAUAAUGUUUUAGAUUAUGAUGAAAAUAAUAUUAAUAAUAAUGCUACUAACAUCAAUUUACUUGAUGAAAGUGGAGAGAAAAGAAAUUCUACUCCGAAAUCCCCAGCUACCAAGAAAAGGUCUAGAAGUAAAGGAGGGAAAAUGGAGGAGAAGAGAGUUUUAAACGAUGGGUUUGUGAUUUCUAACAAUAAUUUUAAUAAUAGUGAUCAUGAUCAUGCUCAUGUGGACGGAUUUGGAGGGGGUGGCGGUGGUGGUGGAGGAGGAGAAAGAGGAAACGUGGCGGCUGUAAUAGAGGAGGCGGUGAAGAGUUGUUUAACACCCUUGUUUAAGGAGUUGUUAGGUAGUUUAAUGGGAGGAGGAGGAAGAGGAUGUGGAGGAAGAGGGAUUAGUGGAUUGGCUAUGAAUGCUAUGCCAUUAAAUUUCGGCAAUUUCGGGUACGGCAGUGGUGGUAAUGGGGAGUUAAUUGAUGAGAGGUGGAGAAAGCAGCAAAUAUUGGAGUUGGAAGUUUAUUUUAAGCGGUUGGAGUUGGUGCAGGAUCAGAUUAAGGCAGCUUUGGAGGAGCUGCGGUUGAUGGGAGGGUGAUUUCUGAAUACGGUUGCUUAUGAGUGAUUUCUGAAUACGGUUUGCUUAUGAGUGAUUUCCAUGAAAGAUUUCUUGAUUAUUGAUGGAUAGGCUGACAGUGUAGGGGAGUAAUUGGUUUUAUUAGUUCGUUUUUUGGGUUUUCCUUUUGUUUAUUUGAUAGAAACGAACAGUUAUUGGAAUAAUGAUUUAUAAUCAUUUAGCCUUUGAAUCAAUAGUAUGUUCUAGUUAUUCUCAUUUGUGUAUAUAUGGUUUUUAUACAUGGGUUGGGAUUGACUUGCCUAGAAUAAAGGACCGAUGUUAUCCUUAAUGCAACCAUGCGAACUCUAACAUUGUAGAAUUUGCAGAAUGGAUUCAACUACAGUUUACCAUUUUACUG